UAAAUAAGUGAUUGUGAAUUGUGAUAGUGAUAUGGAUAUCACAAGUGAUUAAAUAACUACAGAUAAAAAUUGAAAAAAACUUUUUGAAGUGUGUGGACUGUCCAAAAAAAUGUUGGUCGUAAUUUAUGCCCUAUUCAUCAUUUUUGCUAGACAAGGUGUUUGUGAUUCAGCUAGGAAAGAUGCCAGAGGUCCCAUUUUCCGAAACGAACCUCCUUCCAGAAUUGAGUUUUCCAACAGCAGCGGUACAGAGAUCAGAUGCAAUGCAGAUGGCAUACCGACACCAACGAUCUCAUGGCAGACCAAAGAUGGUACCAUUAGUAGAGACAUGCCGGGGCUGCGACACAUGCGAUCAGAUGGUACACUAGUUUUCCCGCCUUUUUCGAAAUCCGAUUACAGGCAGGAAGUGCAUGAUACGGUGUAUCAAUGUGUGGCAUCCAAUAAUGUUGGGAUCAUACUUAGUAGAGAAGUUCAUGUCAGAGGAGUGAUGAAGCAGCAUUUCACUCCUCAAGUGUUUGAUGACUUCGUUGUAAAAGGGAAUACUGCAGUGCUAAAAUGCCACUUGCCAUCUUUCGUCAGAGAAUACGUUGUGAUUGAUUCUUGGAUCCGAAAUGAUGGACAUAUUUUGAAGAUAACAGAAAACAAAGCUCGAUCGUACACCGUUUUGAGAUCCGGCGAGCUCUUGAUUCACGAAAUCCAGGAGAAGGAUUCCAAUUGGAGUUACCGCUGUCAGACGAGACAUAGGCUCACCGGGGAAAUGGUGACAAGUGUUAGCUCUGGAAAAAUAGUUGUCACAGAAUCCCAUGCGUCAACCCUUCCCAGAAUCACCUUCCACCAGGCCCAGGUACGAUAUGAAGAAGGGUUUCCCGCUCAAUUACCGUGUGUGGCUCAAGGAAAUCCACCCCCGACUUACAGAUGGAUGAAAGAAGGAUCAAAUGGUAUUUUGAAGCCGGUGAAAGAAGAUGCUCGCAUCUGGAUCAGUCAAGGAACUCUCAACAUAAAGAAAGUCUUUCAUUCGGAUGGUAGCAAAUACCAGUGCAUUGCUCGUAACAGCAUAGGAGAACGACGGAUAGAAAGCGCUUUGAUUGUUUCAGCUCCUUUACUAGUACAUCUCCGGCCUCCAUAUCAAGCACUAAACAUAGGACAGGAGGCGACAUUCAAUUGUAACGUCACUGGUUACCCAGUACAUACGGUCACUUGGAAAAAAGAUCAACGUCAGAUUCCCCCUUCUAGUCGAGUAAGGCUGCUCUCACGUGAUGUGCUUCACAUAUCCUCGGUGCGCAGAGAAGAUAGGGGAAUGUAUCAGUGUUUCGUUUUCAAUGAUCAAGAAGGAGCUCAAGGAACUGGAGAGCUAAAAAUAUCAGAUGUUGCUCCUACUUUCAUAUCAGUAUUCUCGGAACACACAGUCCAUCCUGGGGAUUCGAUAUCAUUAAAAUGCAUCUCUACCGGCAAUCCAAUCCCAAGUGUUACGUGGUAUCUAGAUGACUCAAUUUUGGGUCAGAAUCCACGAAUAAUAGCUGGUGACUACGCCAGUGACAUUGGCCACGUUACCAGCUUUUUGAAUAUCACUGACAUCCUGGUUGAAGACAGUGGGGAGUACCAGUGUCAUGUGACAAAUGAUGUCGGUUCUGUGUACCACUCCAACAGACUGAAUGUCUAUGGUCCUCCUUUUAUAAGACGCAUGAAGAACAUAACAGCCAUAUCUGGUGAAGAUCUGGUAUUGAGGUGUCCAUAUGGUGGACAUCCAGUCAAAGGAAUACGAUGGCUGAAAGGCGUUGCUUAUCUUCCACUCAACCACCGUCAAAAGAUCAGCCACGGGGGUAGUCUGACUAUACAGAGUGUGGAGCGCAAGGGGGAUGAGGGCGAAUACAGUUGUAUGGCAAGGGAUGACAAAGGAGAGACUGCCACUGCAUCAACACAUGUAUCAGUCGUGGUGUCACCGGUCAUAGACCCCCACUUCUUUCGAGAUAGUGUAGUUACAGAUGAAGGAUUACGUGCUAAAUUCAUGUGUCUUGUCGUGAAAGGAGACCCGCCUCUUCGCUUUCAUUGGUUGAAAAACGGAUUACCUUUCAUUGCUCACGGUGACACGACGGUCCAGACUUUCGAUGAUUCGUCAAUUCUAACUUUCAAAAAAGUGUCGUCCAGUGACAGAGGACAUUAUACGUGCGUCGCAUCCAACAUGGCAUCUUCCACUAAUAUGACGACACAACUCGUAGUAAAUGUGCCUCCACAAUGGACAGUGGAGCCACAAAACAUUUCUGUGGUUCUUGGUAAUACCGUUUGGAUGGACUGCGCUGCUGUAGGAUUUCCUGCCCCAAAUAUUUUGUGGAAGAAAAUGAUAUACACUGAGAGCACAGCUGGUGAUUUUACCUACGUUCAUUCCGGCCCACGCGCUCAUCGUUACAACAAUGGGACGCUGGUUCUAUCUGACGUGGAAGAAAAUGAUUCUGGCUCUUAUUUGUGUCAAGCAAGCAAUGGCAUUGGAUCAGGCCUGAGCAAAAUUAUUGGCCUGAAAGUUUUAGUGCCCCCACGAUUCAAGGACCCCUAUCAAAGCAAAACAGUAACUGAAGGGACCAACAUCAGUAUAGCAUGCAGUACUGUAGGCGAUCCUCCAAUUGUUAUAAAGUGGAUGAAGAACAAAUCGAUACUGGAAGCUAAGACCAAUCAAAGAUAUACAAUUGAGGAGAUAUCUACAAAUACGCUCACACAGUCGGAGCUCCAGGUAUUAAAUGCAUCUAGGGAGGACACAGGAAUUUAUACUUGCUCUGCAACAAGCGAUAUUGGUGCCGAUGAAGCUGUAAUAAAGCUCAUUGUGCAAGGAAUACCUGAUCCACCCUCCAAUGUAACCGUGAUGAACAUAACGAGCAGGUCCUUCACCUUGCAUUGGGAAAUUUUGGACAAUGGAAACAGUCACAUUACAGGAAGUAUAGUCCAAUACCAGACCCAUACAGUAGACAAAGACUGGGAUGGCCAAACGUCUCAGCUAAUUGUUUCCAGUGCCGAGACCGUUGCCACUUUGCGUGGAUUAACUCCCGUUACGAUUUAUUAUGCUCGAAUCAUAGCUGAAAAUGCAUUGGGUAAAAGCAAACCCAGCGAAGUUAUUGAAGUGACAACAAAAGAAGAAGUUCCAUCUGGAAGUCCCACGGAGGUGCACGUACAUUCAACGGGUGCUCAGUCAAUGAAAGUGAUGUGGAAAGCCCCUCCUGAAGAAACAAGAAAUGGUGACAUCAAAGGUUAUUAUGUUGGAUACAAAAUGUCAUCAGGAGAGGAUAAAUAUACUUUCAAAAAAGUUGAAAAAUCCACUUCCGAACAGCAGUCCACGUAUAUUACCGGUUUACAGCCUUUCACGGAAUAUGAUAUCAUAAUCAAAGCUUACAAUUCUGCUGGCGCUGGCCCUGAAUCUCCGCCAAUAAUGGGAAAGACUUUAGAAACAGCUCCACCAACUUCUCCAAUAGUUCAGGUUUUAACAACAACCUCUUCUUCAAUUGAAUUUAGAUGGGAAAAAGACCCCAAGGAUAAGUCAGCUAUCACAGAAUAUAUGCUCCACUAUAAACCAGACAAUGGAGAUUGGGAAAAGUUGCGAUUAAAUAAGAAGCAAGAUCAUUAUUCUUUAGAUGGAUUAAAAUGUGGCACCAGGUAUCACUUAUACAUGACUGCUUCUAACAGCUUAGGAACCGGUGAACCAAGUGAACAAGUGACAGCCAGAACACUUGGAGCGGCUCCUAUGUCAGCUCAUGAGUCAUCUUUUCUACUACCAAACAUGACAUCAGUCACUUUGAACUUAGUUGCCUGGCAAAGUGGCGGAUGCCCAAUUAAGCAUUUUGUUGUCCAGUAUCGACCAAAUUACUUGAACACGUGGACUACCCUCACUGACCGACUGGACAUGCCUAGGGACACAUAUGUUAUUAGAAAUCUAGCUCCUGAUAGAGAUUAUGUUAUAUUGGUAACAGCUCAUAGCGAUGCUGGACUUACACAAGCUGAAUAUUUAGUGAGAACACUGCCUGUGGCAAUAAUAGUACCAACAUCCUCGCCAGCGUUUGGAAAGAGAGAAACAGAUUUACCAUUUUACAAAAACGUCAACCUAAUCAUCCCCGUUGUCGUGUCAUCAUUAGUUCUCAUUAUAGUUAUAUUUACUGUGGUUGUGUGCCUCCGCAAGCAUUCAGAAGACAGAGAGGAAAGAUUAGAUUAUGAAAAUAGGAAAGAUGGCAUAAUGAUGAAGGAUUUAAACAAACAAAUGAACAUGAAACCAGCCGAGCCUUCGCAUUACACGUGUCCAGCAGGUAAAAAGGGUGAAUACACAGAGCCCUACACUUACAUAGAUACAGUUUCACCUAGGCAGGCAUCAGAUGAGCUCUUUGCUACAAUUAAACGUUGUCCCACCAGACCAAUCUAUGUAUCGGGAUCUUAUAACAAGGGAAUUUCUCAAUCUCACGAGGGCAGUUUCCAAUGCCCACCAGAAGAUGGCGCUACUGAACAAAAAGUCCCAAAUAAGAAAAACAGUGAUCUUGCAGACACCAAUAAAUGGUGCAAGAGCAGUCAAUCCAACAUUGGCCACAACCCUAUACGAUGACAAAUUUUAUUGAUGUUUUCACCAUUUCAUGUAAACAGUUUUCAUUGGAAUUUUAACAUUCGUUGGAUAUGUGUGAAAAACCGUGC